AAGCGGCGGAAGCGGAAGCGCGGCGGCAGGAGGGCAGCGGAGCCAUGAGGACCCGGCGCGGUACUGUCCUGCGGCGGCCGCCCGAGCGCGCCGAGCAGGAGGAGGAUGACAAGGAUGAGGUGCUCGGCGGCCCGGAGGGCCCCGAAGGCCUGGGCGACGAGGUGGAGGACUUCCAUGAGGCCCAGUUCCAGUCGGUGAUGGCGGCCCUAGAGAGCGGAGAGGAGAACGGCAACAGCGAGGAGGAGGAGGAGGAGGAGGAAGAGGAAGUGCUGGGUCUGCAUCUGCCCGAGGACAGCGAGGAGGAUGGAGACGGUGAGGAAGAGGAGGAGGAGGUACAGGGGCCAGAUGACUUCAUAGACCACAGUGCAGAAGAGGCUGAAGAUGAGGAGGAGGAGGAUGAAGAAGGAGAGGAGGAUGAAGAAGGAGAGGAGGAUGAAGAAGGAAAGGAGGAUGAAGAAAGAGAGGAGAAUGAAGAAAGAGAGGAGGAUGGGGAAGGUGAGGAGGAUGGGGAAGGUGAGGAGGAGGAGACAAAUGAAGAUGAAGAUGGGGACUUGUCCAUGGAAAGUGACUUGGAGGAGCACCGUCAGGACACCAAGCUCCCCCACGAGCUCUCCUGGGGUCAGCGCAAGCAGCUCUACUAUGACACAGACUAUGGGAGUGAUGCUCAGGCCAAGGGUAAGCGUAAGCAGCAGGAAGUCGAUGCUGAGGAGGAGGAAGAGGAGCAGGAGGCUCAAGUCAUUCAGAGACGGUUGGUGCAGGACUUAGGGGAAGAUGAUUAUGGGCUGGAUGUGAUCCAGGGCUAUCUGGCCGAGCAGCAGAAAACCCACGAUAGCAAAGGGCAGAAAAUUGACAAGGAUUUGCAGGCCCUUUCCAAGAAGGAGCAGCUGAAGCUGCUGAAGCAGGAGUCCCCUGAGCUCCUGCAGCUGAUUGAGGACUUUGAAGUGAAGCUGAUGGAGCUUAAGGACGAGCUGCACCCGCUGCUGCAAAUGGUCAAAAACGGCACUAUCCCACAAGGGAAGGGCAGCCGUUAUUUGCAGACCAAGUAUCAUCUCUACUUGAGUUACUGCGCCAAUAUCAGUUUCUACUUGGUUUUGAAGUCCAAGAGGUUGCCUGUUCACAGUCACCCCAUCAUUGAACGGCUGGUUACCUACAGAAAUCUGAUCAAUGACCUAGCAGUGAUAGAUCAAAAACUAUCCCCACAAGUUCGGAUGCUUUUGAAGAACUACUACGAUAAGAAGGAAGAUAAGUUACGGAAGGAGAAGAAGUUUGCGCUGUUUCUCCCACAGGAUUUUAAGAAAAACAAAGCAAAACGUGCUCAUGUGCUUGCAAAUGGCCAGGCUGCUGCUGCUGGCCAGUCAGAUGAGUCGGAGCUGGAUGAAGAGGCUGCACUCAAAUAUUACAAGAUGAUGGAGGAGAAGUUGAAACUCAAGAGGAAGAGAACCAAAGACCAAGACGUGCUUGAAGAAGAAGAGGAGGUGUUGGAAGGUGAGGAUGCAAAUAACAAGAGAGGUGUGACCUAUCAGAUGAUUAAGAACAAAGGCCUCACGCCCAAAAGGAAGAAGAUCGAUCGCAACCCCAGGGUCAAGCACCGGGAGAAGUUCCGCCGAGCCAAGAUUCGGCGCAAGGGCCAGGUGCGGGAGGUUCGCAGGGAGCUGCACAGAUACGCCGGGGAGCUGUCUGGCAUUCGCGCCGGAGUUAAGAAGAGCAGGAAGCUCAAAUGAUGCUGCUUUGCCUCUGUUUGUGAGAGCAGCAAGUAGCACUCCUGAAUCCAAUAAAUUUUUUUAUAAAAGA